AUGUCUAUCAGCGGACCGUCCUCUGAUGUUGUCGAAACGAUUCUGAGCGGGAACAACAACUUUGUUUCGACAUUGGAUCAUCUUCCCUGCGACAUCACCCGGAGUUUAUGGAUAAUCCAAUCACUGAACUUGGAGAAUGAGAGGCUGAAGGAGAAGGUAGAAAGUGCCCCUGAUGCUGCCAGUGCCGUUAAUAUGGAGCGGAAGCUGAGCAGGAACAACGAAGAGAUUGUUGCGGAGGCCAAGUAUCUAAUCGAGAUAGUCAACCACCAUCUGGACGUUCUGGACGAUGACCGAGCGAUUGUUGCCCUGUUAAAGGAACGACUGCCGAGCUGGACCAGUGAAGCAGUUGAGGAAAACUGGGGACACUGGACGAGUUUCAAAGAGCAGUAUCUGAGGCGGGAGCGUGUUCCGAGCGUCUUUGAGGAAGCGUAUCCUAGUAGAGAGGGUGGUAAGAGAUAUGGAGCGAGUAAAGAAAAGGAACAGCCCAAAAAGAUCAUCUUAACUUUGAAGAAGAAGCCUGUAAAGGUUGUGAAACCAGAGAAGGUUGUGAAACCGGACAAUGUCGAAAAGCUCAAAAUCAUUUUAAAGAACGAAUCUCACAAUGGCAAGACGACACAACCAAAUGGAAAUAUAGUAUACCCUCAGGUGGAGAAACAGCCAACAACUUCAUUGCCGCCACUACUAUAUCCAUCUCCUCCCAAGGAGGAGCGAUACUGUUUCUGCAAUGGACCAUCAUUUGGACGAAUGGUUGCCUGUGAGUAUAGCAAAUGUCCACAUGAAUGGUUCCACUUUAAAUGCGUUGGAUUGACCAGCGAGCCCAAGGGUGAGUGGUUCUGUAGUCUUUCGUGUAAGGAAAAACACCAACUUUCCAAACAACGGAAAAAGAAGAGGAGGAGAAAUUGGUAG